AAGACACAUUAAGUUCUGAACGAUCUGAACUACAUUGCAUCUCAUUGAUCAGCUGACUCAAAUACUCUCGCAAUGACUAAAUCCUCUACUCAGCAGCAAGACGGCUCUAAAUUGCCAGCUCUCAAUGACAAACUCGUCGCAUCAGCAGCUGCAAAGCUUGAUGCUGCUAAGAUUUCCUCUCUCCUCUGGGGUAAUUACAUGUUGACCAUCUUUGGCGUUCCGAACAUAAUCGAUGGCAUUGACUUCGUUGUUUACGACGUUUUCACAGGCGCUGCCUAUGAUACUCCUGACAACGACGGUUUCCAAUAA